GAGGAGGAGGAGGAGCAGCAGCAGCCGCGCGGCCAGAGCGGGAAAAAGAGCCUCUUCUGGGCGCUGCGAGGGGCCGGGAGCCUGUGGAUCUCCCCUCGGAAGGACACCCCGCGGGCUCGGGGCAAGGAAGAAGAUGGAAGAGGAGGAGGGCGGCAGCGGUGGCGGCGCCGCGGCGGGAGAGCUGCUCCGGACUGUCAAGCACGAGCUGCGCACGGCUAACUUAACGGGACAUGCAGAGAAGGUGGGGAUUGAAAAUUUUGAACUCCUGAAGGUCUUAGGAACUGGUGCUUAUGGAAAGGUGUUUCUGGUUCGUAAAAUAAGCGGCCACGAUUCUGGAAAGCUCUAUGCCAUGAAAGUCUUGAAAAAGGCAACCAUCGUUCAAAAGGCCAAAACCACAGAGCACACACGGACGGAGCGGCAGGUGCUAGAACACAUCAGGCAGUCCCCAUUCCUGGUGACGCUGCACUAUGCCUUCCAGACGGAAACCAAACUUCAUCUCAUUCUAGAUUAUAUAAAUGGUGGAGAACUUUUUACGCAUCUUUCUCAGAGAGAGCGUUUCUCAGAGCACGAGGCGCAGAUCUAUGUGGGAGAGAUUGUGCUCGCGCUCGAGCACCUCCACAAGUUGGGGAUUAUAUACCGGGACAUUAAGCUUGAGAAUAUUCUCCUUGAUUCUAAUGGCCAUGUGGUGCUGACUGAUUUUGGUCUGAGUAAGGAGUUUGUGGCUGAUGAAGCUGAAAGAGCAUAUUCCUUCUGUGGAACUAUUGAAUACAUGGCCCCAGAUAUUGUCAAAGGAGGAGAUUCAGGACAUGACAAGGCUGUUGACUGGUGGAGCUUAGGUGUCCUAACGUAUGAAUUACUCACUGGGGCCUCUCCUUUCACUGUCGAUGGAGAAAAGAAUUCCCAAGCUGAGAUAUCUAGGAGAAUAUUGAAAAGUGAGCCCCCAUACCCCCAAGAAAUGAGUGCUGUAGCGAAAGACUUAAUCCAACGCCUCUUGAUGAAAGAUCCCAAGAAAAGGUUAGGAUGUGGCCCACGCGAUGCUGAUGAGAUCAAAGAACAUCUCUUCUUCCAGAAAAUCAAUUGGGAUGACUUAGCUGCAAAAAAAGUGCCCGCACCAUUCAAGCCGGUCAUCCGUGAUGAGUUGGAUGUGAGUAACUUUGCUGAAGAGUUCACAGAGAUGGACCCCACCUACUCACCCGCAGCACUGCCACAGAGCUCAGAGAGGCUCUUCCAGGGCUAUUCCUUUGUAGCUCCUUCCAUUCUCUUCAAGCGGAAUGCAGCCGUCAUUGACCCACUGCAGUUUCAUAUGGGAGUGGAGCGGCCCGGAGCAACAAACGUGGCCAGAAGUGCAAUGAUGAAGGACUCCCCAUUCUAUCAACACUAUGACCUCGACCUGAAAGACAAACCUUUGGGGGAAGGAAGUUUUUCCAUUUGCCGGAAGUGCGUUCACAAAAAAAGUAAUCAAGCGUUUGCAGUCAAAAUUAUCAGCAAAAGAAUGGAAGCCAAUACUCAAAAGGAACUCACAGCUCUGAAGCUCUGCGAAGGACACCCCAAUAUUGUGAAAUUGCACGAAGUGUUUCAUGAUCAGCUUCACACAUUUCUCGUGAUGGAGCUUCUGAAUGGGGGGGAGCUCUUCGAACGCAUUAAGAAGAAGAAGCACUUCAGUGAGACUGAGGCCAGCUACAUCAUGCGAAAGCUCGUCUCUGCCGUUAGCCACAUGCACGAUGUUGGCGUGGUGCACCGUGACUUGAAGCCUGAGAAUUUACUGUUCACGGAUGAGAAUGACAAUUUAGAAAUCAAAGUCAUUGACUUUGGAUUUGCACGCUUGAAGCCUCCCGACAACCAGCCGCUAAAGACUCCGUGUUUCACACUGCACUAUGCAGCCCCGGAGCUCCUCAACCACAACGGCUAUGACGAGUCCUGUGACCUCUGGAGCCUGGGCGUCAUUCUAUAUACCAUGUUGUCGGGUCAGGUCCCAUUCCAGUCUCAGGAUAAAAGUUUGACGUGUACCAGUGCAGUGGAGAUCAUGAAGAAAAUUAAAAAAGGAGAUUUCUCCUUUGAAGGAGAAGCCUGGAAAAAUGUUUCCCAAGAGGCUAAAGACUUGAUCCAAGGACUGCUCACCGUCGACCCAAAUAAGAGACUUAAAAUGUCCGGUCUGAGAUACAAUGAAUGGCUUCAAGAUGGCAGCCAGCUGUCCUCGAACCCUCUGAUGACGCCUGACAUCCUGGGGUCUUCAGGAGCGGCCGUGCACACCUGCGUGAAAGCAACCUUCCACGCUUUCAACAAAUACAAGCGAGAAGGCUUCUGCCUGCAGAAUGUCGAUAAGGCCCCUUUGGCCAAGAGGAGGAAGAUGAAAAAGACCAGCACCAGCACGGAGACCCGCAGUAGCUCCAGCGAGAGCUCUCACUCCUCAUCCUCACACUCACAUGGGAAAACCACCCCGACCAAGAGCCUGCAGCCAAGCAACCCCUCCGACAGCAAUAACACAGAGGCCCUCUUCCAAUUUGCCGACUGAGCAGCCCCACCAGCCCCAGGGCACUGUGGUCCCCUCAGCUCAGGUCUCAGCCUGGCCCCAAGACAUGUGCUUCUAAGAACUCGUCCUGUUGAUCUCUGGGGAAUCUGCCUCAAAUGGAGGAAAACCCCAUCAACAGUCAGGAUGAGGCUUUCAGUGGUAUUGGAAACCCUGUGGGUGUUCCUGACCCGAAAGGCACCAGACUGAGGCUGAUAUUGUGAAUAGAGCAGACAGGAUGGUGUCAAGCCAUGGAGCCUAGUCCCAGCAGGACUGUUCUAGAAUGAGCAGAGAUGAGCUGGUGACAUCUGCUUAAGGGCCAAGCUAGAUUUGAGCAGUUCACACAAAUCCCCAGUCUGCCAGCUAUCUGCCAGCAACUGCAGACUCAGGCUGGAGAAACCCAUUGGUUUUUGCCUUGUGGUCUUGUAUGUGUAUGUCUGUGUGUCUGUGUGUGUGUGUAUACGAGUGUAUGUGUGUGCUUUAAAGAGAUUUGCAAUUACUAAAGAGUCAUUUCUCAGAGAAAAAGGUCUUGACUGUUUGCAGAAAAAGUCUGUCAUAAAUUUUAUGUGUGGCCUGUCUUAAAUUUCUUGUGAGAGAAUUUUAACUUAUUGUUUUGAUUUAUGGCUACGUAUGAUCACAACCAGCUAGGAUUAUUCUUUUCCUU